ACGCAAAUUUCGCAUCAACUUUCAAAUUCGAGUUGCUUGGAUAUAGACCCAAGCACACAACCUUGGUCAACCACCUAUUUUGCCAGAACCGCUCAAGCGGAUUUUGCCUCGAUGCAGCAGCCAGCCAUGAACAUCAAGACACGCUGUCGGCCGAAGCUGGACCUGACGACGAAGCUCUUGAACCUCCAUAUCUCGAAUUUGCCAGCUUUAUCCACCUCCAAUGAGCAACCGAAUGAAAGCCCUAUACGGAUAGUCUGUGUGUCUGAUACGCACAACCACCAACCUGUCCUCCCACCUGGAGAUAUCCUCAUCCAUGCAGGCGACCUGACUGAGAGUGGCUCCUUUGACGAGGUCCAGGCAGGUCUUGACUGGCUUUCAUCCCAGUCUCAUCCCCACAAGAUACUGAUCGCAGGAACCACGAUGUUUUGCUUGAUGAAAUAUUUCUUGAGCGAUAUCCAGACCGCCGCUAUGGGGAGACGACGAGAACAAAGGCCGACUUGAAUUGGGGAAGUGUGACAUACCUUGAAGACUCGACGAUGACAAUCACUCUACCCACCAGGGCCGGACCACACGAACCCGAAGGUGUAACAAAGGGGAUCGAAAGAAGAGUCACGGUAUACGGGAGCCCUUACACACCAGUCUACACCCCGUCAGCGUUUCAAUAUCACCCCUCGCCUGAGUUCUGGGAAAACUCCAAGCUUGCAACCUUGCCACCGCAAUACAACCUGAUCGUAGUCACCCAUGGGCCCCCAAAAUUCUACCUCGACCGCAGGGACUUUUACCGAGCCGGCUGUCCUUAUUUGCUGCAAGAAAUCACCCGACUCCGACCUCGGCUUCACGUAUUCGGGCACAUCCACGCCGCGCACGGGAGGGUAGAUGUCGUCCUCGACAGGGUGCGAGAGGCAUAUGACGAUAUCAGGAUCGGUUGGGGCGGAUGGGGAACACUGGCCUGGAUGGCGGUAUUGGUGGGCUGGAACAAGGCCAAGAGGGUGAUUGGGUUUGGGAAGAGCGACGCGAGCAAGGCGACAACGUUUGUCAAUGCGUCAGUGGUCGGGGGGAGACAAAAUAAGUUGACGAAUGAUGUCGUCGUAAUUGAGUUGUGAUCCUGAGCGCCACCCUCGUUGCAGACGCCGUACGUCAGGAUUCCGCGCCGUGCCGAGAGGUGGAGUAGGGCUCGGAGCCGAAGUUGUGGAUGGGGUUGAUUCCAGCUUCCAAUUUUCACUUGACAGUACCCAUGGGCAAAUAUUUCCGUUGAUGGUAUCUCGGGUAGCUGGGAAGGAGUCUCAUCAUUACUGAGACCGACGUUCCGCAUUUGGCAGUCGGCGAAGAAUGCAAACACCUCUCACCGAAACCCCCUUAAAACGAGAUGGCCACGCCGGAUCAAAGUUGACUGGCUUAUGCCUUUCCGCACCGAGCCUCCAAUAGUUUACUGAUAUGUACUGGCAUGGUCGGUGUACAUUCCUGCGACAUCCUUCGCCCAGCAUUCCGGAUCGCCGAGGGAGAAAGGGCGCGGGAUGGUGACACAGUCUUCACUUCUUGCAUCAAAUCGGCCUGGAACCACAAGAAGGAGCAAGGCAUAUUAUGGUUUAUUAUGGUCUGGACCUGGUGGUUGGGCUCGAGUCAAGUUGUCGGCUGCUCAAGGAUAUCUCGGGUUCUGAUGCCCCAUGCUGCGAGUCCUACUUUGUUCAGUAGUCGGACUCUUCGGGUUUACCCUACCGAACAAUUCGAGGUUUGCCCAGACACGCGCUAUCCCUGAAGUCGCUGCGGCCUUUAGGCAUCACCAAAAGACGACUCACUAGGUGGCAUCCAGAGCGAGUUAGAAGGCCAGAAGGAAGGAGCUAGCUUUGUGGGAGAAGUACAACCUGGAAGGAAUAUUGCAACCUGACUCAUCUAUGUGGCUGGUGGCCGGCAUCUGUGGCCGUCACUAUCUUCUUCACCACCAAAAACAGGGGAUACGAAAGAUCAAGAUUGUUCCAUUGCAACAUACCGAACCUGAUCGAAUUAUCACCUGGUGCUUGGCCAUAGCAUUUCCUGGGUGACAAGGUGGCGCCGCGGGAUGAGCCCAGCUGCGGCCCGUCGAGAGACCCUACACGCCGCAUGCGACAUGUAUGACAGCUUGCCUAGCUAGAAGGUGCCCAUGAAACAAAAUACAGUUGCAAGCCACACAGGAUGGAAGGCAGCCAGAUGCCGUAUCGACCAGGACAGUGGAGAGAAAGGCAGGCGGUGCCAUCUGAUAGUGGAUUGGCUUAUGACCACCAGCCCUAGAGCUCUAUGACUACCUACCCAGUGAUUUGGAAUACGCCUUACACGCGAGCCACAUUCAAUGAUGGCCAAGAAGAUUUGGGGUGUGGUUGAUCAAUGGGUGAUCUGGCUCGGUACUGCUCCCCGGCGCCGCGUGGCGUGUGGAGAGUCGGAGGAUGGGCUCGCCUGGCGGGGUUAGCGGCAAGGAACCAACAACAUUUUUUUUGACAAUAGACGCCGGCAAGGCUUCGAACGACAUGCGAUAUCACACCAAAAAAACAACAAUUCGGAUAAUUUGUUCUUUCAUCGCACAGGCGCGCACUGCCGUAAGGGUCUCUCUACUGCCAGCAGCACGACCAGCAUUUGGGGGAUGUGGGGGUAUUUGGGACGGUUUCAGAGGGGCUGGGCGCAAGCAGCACCACUUGAGCCACUAGGCGGGCUAUCUCCGUGCCUUCGACCAUGGCUGCAAAUAGCAUAGCACAGCACGACGGUGUGCGGGCCACCUCGGACUUGUGCAUACAUUGCCCCCUUUUGACUUAUACCGACAGAAGAAGAGCAAAUGUUUGGAGAGCCUCAGGAUUGGACACCUCGGACUCGAGUCCUUAGGCUCGAGAUGGGUUAGGUAAUCAAGGAUACUCACCAAUCGCGGAAUGCCUGGACUCAAGUCUCGAUUACCAAAGGAGAAAGGGUUUUUUUUCUUUCAGAGUCACCUGGAAAAAGUCAACUGUGAAUCAACUUUUCGAAUCAAUCUAGGAUUAGGCACCUGUAUUCAACAUCGCCUCUGCGUGGUCUUCUCACAGACCAAGUUCGAUAUAAAGCCAUGGACCCUCCACCGUCAUCUCAACAGCUAACAUCAUCAACAGCAAGCACCAGCGAUCACAAGAACAUCAACAAGCUCUCUCACCUCAAGCCAACGCCCGCCUUCACUCAGCUUACUAGUCAUCGACUACACACCUCGCCAACCUCGCCUCUUCCCAGUCAAAACAUCUUUCAACUCAGCAAAAUGUCUGGAUCCGACAGCUCAAGCACCAAGUGGGAUGACAUCCUCAAGCACGGAUCGGCCCUCAGCAUCGUCAGGCCUGAUGUCGUCUUCACCCCAUAUGGAGGCGGUUCCAGCUCUGGCAGUUCGUCAGGGGGGUCUUCUUCAAACUCUUCCGGUGGUUCAUCGUCUGGCGGGAAAUAAACGUAUUAUCCGGGUUAUUCAACACUGAGGAGGUCAACUCCCAUACACACUCGUUUCAAACCAUUUCAUUUACAGCAUCAGCAUAGCGACUUGCAUGACACAUUAGAUCAUAGACGGGCGGUUCUCGAGCAGUCGGGGAGAGACAUUGGCAUCUACUAGAUACGCCCGGUUGGCUGGAUUCAAUCGGGCAGCCCCCAAGGGCAUUUGCAUGGAGAACAGUUAGGAGGAUCUGCUGGGUACGACGGGAGGAUGGGUGCACGACGGGGGAUUUUCCUAUACCUACUUUUACAGCUUCGCUUCUUUUUACACCACUUUUGCCAAUUGAAUCGCGCGAUUUCAACUUCA